GGGGGGGAGAGAGGGGAGAGCAGAGUGAGUGUGUGUAUAUAUAUAUACAUAAAAGUAUACGUAUGCAUAAGGGAUAGAGGGAGAAACACACCGAUAGCCGCAAGAAUCACAAAAAUACAUCGCAAAAUUUACGUGCUCUCAUCUCGAAUCUCUCUUCGCCUAAAUUGAUCAUAAAGGGGACGAAGAGGUAGGGGACGAAGAGGUAAACUGAAAAGAUCCGAGAGCCGAUCGACUCGUGAAAUUAGGUUUUCGUGUGUUGAAUGAUCAAGCAUUUGUCGCCGAUCAUCUAGAUUUUGCAGUUCCCGAGUUUCUUUUUAUAGUUAGUCAGAGGCUUAAAGGGGCUGCUUGGGGGAAAUGAGUUGGAUGUAAUUUGCAUGGGUGACGAUGCCACAACUGCGGAGUGGACCACGUAGAUCAAAACGGCUUGGAGAUAUUCAGCCUGCCGCUCAACCUGAAAAUAUUAUUGCACCUACACAAAUCAGAACCAGAAGGAAAACCGGUGGAGGAAGAGGAAGGGGUAAUGCUGCAGCUGACACCAAAGGGCCUUCAGCGGCAAUACCGGUGAGACCAAGUGCUGCUGGUAGAGGCAGAGGCAUUAGGUUGAUUGAUUUAGACCCGGAGCCACCUUGUGAGAUUGUUCCUAACACAGCUGCUGUUGGAGUUGUAGAACCUAUUGUUAACGGUGUUGCAGAUAAACUCGUUGCUAUGGAAGGUGGAAGUGCUGACAAAAUAAUGGGAGUGGAAGAAGAAGGAAAUACAACUCCUGUACCUGAGAAGGUACAAGUGGGUAAUUCUCCUACGUAUAAGACGGAAAGGAAGUUGGGUAAGGGUGGUUUUGGGCAAGUUUAUGUUGGUAGGAGGGUGACUGGUGGCACUGGUAGAACAGGCCCAGAUGCAAUUGAGGUAGCAUUGAAGUUUGAGCACCGUAAUAGUAAAGGUUGCAACUAUGGCCCUCCCUACGAGUGGCAAGUGUACGGCACAUUGAACGGAUGCUAUGGGAUUCCAUGGGUUCACUACAAGGGCCGGCAAGGUGAUUUUUACAUUCUGGUCAUGGACAUGCUUGGACCCAGUCUUUGGGAUGUUUGGAAUUCUUUAGGCCAAUCUAUGUCACCAAAUAUGGCGGCUUGCAUUGCUGUCGAGGCAAUAUCAAUUCUUGAAAAGCUUCAUUCAAAGGGGUUUGUGCAUGGAGACGUGAAACCAGAAAAUUUUCUACUUGGUCAACCUGGAUCAGUUGAUGAGAAGAAGCUAUAUCUUAUUGAUCUUGGUUUGGCAUCAAAAUGGAAAGAAUCAGCCAAUUUGCAUGUUGAAUAUGAUCAACGGCCAGAUAUUUUCAGAGGUACAAUAAGGUAUGCAAGUGUACAUGCACAUCUAGGUCGUACCGGUAGUAGAAGGGAUGACCUCGAGUCACUGGCAUACACAUUAAUAUUUCUCUUAAGGGGAAGGUUACCAUGGCAAGGCUACCAGGGAGACAACAAGAGUUUCCUUGUUUGUAAAAAGAAAAUGGCUACCUCACCUGAGCUGAUGUGUUGCUUUUGUCCUCCUCCAUUCAAAGAAUUCCUUGAAGAGGUUACAAGUAUGAAAUUUGAUGAGGAACCAAAAUAUGCUAAGCUCAUCUCUUUCUUUGAAACCCUUAUUGAACCAGUCACAUCAUUGAGACCAAUCAGGAUUGACGGCGCCCUCAAGGUUGGACAGAAGCGGGGUAGAUUGCUUAUAAAUUUGGAAGAAGAUGAACAACCAAAAAAGAAAGGUCGACUAGGUAGUCCUGCUACACAAUGGAUAUCAGUUUACAAUGCACGUCGCCCGAUGAAGCAAAGAUAUCACUACAAUGUUGCUGACUCAAGACUUCGCCAGCAUGUAGAGAAGGGAAAUGAAGAUGGUUUAUACAUCAGCUGUGUGGCGUCGGCUUCAAAUCUUUGGGCCCUAAUCAUGGAUGCAGGAACUGGUUUCUUUGCACAAGUUUAUGAACUAUCAUCCGUCUUUCUCCACAAGGAUUGGAUCAUGGAACAGUGGGAGAAGAAUUUUUACAUCACCUCAAUUGCUGGUGCUGCCAACGGAAGCUCUUUGGUUGUUAUGUCAAAAGGAACACCUUACAUCCAACAGUCCUAUAAAGUGAGCGAGUCAUUUCCAUUCAAGUGGAUCAGCAAAAAGUGGAAAGAAGGUUUUCAUGUCACUUCUAUGACGACAGCUGGCAGUCGCUGGGGUGUUGUGAUGUCCAGAAAUUCUGGAUACGCUGAACAGGUUGUAGAACUUGAUUUUCUGUACCCGAGUGAAGGAAUACACCGUCGAUGGGAAUAUGGUUACAGGAUUACAUCUAUAGCUGCUACAGCUGAUCAAGCAGCUUUCAUACUGAGUAUACCUAAACGCAAAAAGGUGGAUGAGACCCAAGAAACUCUGCGAACAUCUGCCUUUCCAAGCACUCAUGUGAAGCAGGAAAAAUGGUCAAAGAAUCUUUACAUUGCAUCCAUAUGUUAUGGUCGAACCGUUUGCUGAGUUGUGUUGGACGUGCACCUCGUUUUGCUGUGAAAAUUGAGAAAGGGAAUUUUUACGAGUUAUUUUGGGAAGGGAGGUUGGUUUUGGUAUAUGAGCAAAUGUAAAUCUCCCAGUUAUGCUUCUGCUGCUGCUGUAAAAUGGAAAGAGAGUUGUUAAUCGAAAGAAAGAGAAAUGUGUGCCAAGCAUGCGUUUUUAAGUUAAAAGACGCAUAUGACGAUGACUGCGAACAUGUGGUUUGUAGUCUCAGCUUUGGUUCAUGAUUGUUGUACUCUUUUAAGAUUUAUGGAAUGCCGAAAUCGAAAUUGGUCAGAGUA